AAGGGUGGCCCUAAACCUUGGCCACUGUAAGACCUGGGGACAAAGGUCUUGUGUCCAAUCUCCAUCGGAAAUCUUGACCCUUGACCCAGGAAAUCUUGACCCUUGACCCAAGGCGUCCAACACUGGCAGCUUUAAGACUUAUGGACUUCAGUCUUGUCUCCAACCUGCAGUGGGACUCCUGACCCUUGACCCUAGAGCAGGGAUGUCGAACCUUGGCAACUUUAAGUCUAGUGGACCUCAACUCCCAGAAUUCCCCAGCCAGGCAGCCAGCCAUGCUAGUUGUCUUGGUUUGCCUUAACCCUUUCCUACAUGUGGCCAUUGCGGUGGUGGAUCUUCUGCAGGAGCUGACAGAUAUCGACACCCUCCAUGAAAGCGAGGAAGGAGCUGAGGUCCUCAUAGACGCCUUGGUGGAAGGGCAGGUGGUGGCCUUGUUGGUGCAGAAUCUCGAGCGGCUGGAUGAAAGCGUCAAGGAAGAGGCGGACGGCGUUCACAAUACGCUGGCUAUCAUUGAGAACAUGGCGGAGUUUCGGCCAGAGAUGUGUGUGGAUGCUGCUCAGCAGGGCCUGAUGCAGUGGCUCCUCAAGAGGGUGAAGGCUAAGAUGCCUUUUGAUGCCAACAAGCUCUACUGCAGCGAGGUGCUGGCCAUCCUCCUCCAGAACACAGACGACAACCGGGAGAUGCUGGGAGAGCUGGAUGGGAUUGAUGUGCUGCUUCAGCAACUGUCGGUCUUCAAGCGGCACAACCCAGGUCCGGCAGAGGAGCAGGAGAUGAUGGAGAACCUCUUUGACUCGCUCUGCUCUUCGCUGAUGCUAAGCUCCAACCGGGAGCGCUUCCUGAAGGGGGAGGGGCUGCAGCUGAUGAACCUCAUGCUCAGAGAGAAGAAGAUCUCCAGGAGCAGCGCCCUGAAGGUCCUGGACCACGCCAUGAUCGGGCCGGAGGGGGCCGACAACUGCCACAAGUUCGUGGACAUCCUGGGCCUUCGUACCAUCUUCCCGCUCUUCAUGAAGUCCCCCAAAAAGGCCAAGAAGGUGGGCACCUCCGAAAAGGAGCACGAAGAGCACGUCUGUUCCAUCCUGGCCUCGCUCCUCCGAAACCUGCGGGCUCAGCAGAGGACAAGACUGCUCAACAAGUUCACGGAGAACGACAGCGAGAAGGUGGACAGGCUGAUGGAGCUCUACUUCAAAUACCUGGAUGCCAUGCAGGUGGCCGAUAAGAAGAUCGAAGGGGAAAAGCACGACAUGGUGCGCCGUGGGGAGAUCAUUGACGACGACAUGGAGGAGGAGUUCUACCUCCGGCGCCUGGACGCCGGCCUGUUCGUGCUGCAGCUCAUCUGCUACAUCAUGGCCGAGAUCAGCAACGCCAGCAUCCCCCAGAUCCGCCAGAGGGUGCAUCAAAUCCUGAACAUGCGCGGAAGCUCCAUCAAGAUCGUCCGGCACAUCAUCAAAGAGUACGCGGAAAACAUCGGAGACGGGAAGAACCCCGAAUUCCAGGAGAGCGAGCAGAAGCGGAUUGUGGAGCUUCUGGAGAACUUUUGAGGAACCCUUGAUGGCUUCCAGGACCUUCUGCAACUUGGGGUGCAAACGAGACGUUCCGGAUAAAGGGGACCUUCGGAAUGGUUUUUUUGGGGGGACAGGGGUGUUAUUUUGAAAGAUUAAAGAUAGUCUGGUUUGUAUUUACAAAA